AUCUUGGUGUCGCAACUCGUGACGUGGCACGUUCCCGGAAGUACGGGCAGGAGCACAGAGCAGAGAGACACAGCUCGUCAGUAAAGAAGCUGUAGCGGGUUAACCAACAUGUACAAAAUGACAGUUUCAAGUUCCCCCCGGUUUUAAGGGCUUUUUAUUGGACUUGAAAAACUUUGGGACUGUCUUCUCCUGAGUUCAGAGCAUCGUUUCGAGCUGCGGCUGCUAGCAUCAAGUGUUGAACCGGAGAAGUCAGGCGAGUCUACAUUCAACACCUGCCUCUCUCCCUCCACAGAGUGUUUCCUCCUCUGGUCAGGGCUGUUUUGGAGGUACAGUUUAACACACUGAAGCCCUCACAGUCAGGACUCUUCCUCUGUGGUGUUACUGAGUGUCGUGUCUCGGCAUUGUGUGAUGGCGUGGCAGUAGCCUCCUCCUCCUCUUUGUCUGUGUAAUCCGUGUGGGAACUAAUGUUACAUGGACAAUCCGGAUGUUACAGCAUCGAGUCAAGGAACCACUAGAGGAUAACCCCCCUGAAGUAGUCUCCUCUCAGCCGGUGGCACUCAGACGACAUCCCCUCACCACUUCUCUCCCAGGUGUUGGACAGGUGAGCAGCUGAAGAUGGAGGAUGAGGUGUUCGACCAGGUCCUGUUCGUGUUUAACCAGCUGGUGGCCUGGGUCGCUGCUGGGGCCAUGGUGUUUGGUGGGGUGGUCCCCUACAUCCCCCAGUACAGAGACAUCCGCAGGACCCAGAAUGCAGAGGGUUUCUCCACGUAUGUGUGCCUGGUGCUGCUGGUGGCGAACAUCUUAAGGAUACUCUUCAGAUUUGGCCGCUACUUUGAGACGCUGCUGCUCUGGCAGAGCAUCAUCAUGAUCGCCACCAUGCUUGUCAUGCUGAACCUGUGCACCAACGUCCGCACGGCCACUGAACUAAACACCAAAAGACGCUCCUUCAUAGCGACAGACAGUAAGGACGAGGAGGUCAGAAUCCCUAAGAGGAUCUUUCUGGACUUCGACUGGAACCACUUCUGGUCAUGGAGUCACUUUGUGGACUACCUCCAGUGUGUGCUUGGCUUUACGCUGGUCGCAGCCUACAUCACCUACCUCUUCCUGGACUCUGCACUUUUUGUGGAGUCCCUGGGCUUUCUGGCUGUCUUCACUGAAGCAAUGCUGGGCACACCACAACUCCACUGCAACUAUCAGAACAAGUCCACAGAAGGCAUGAGUAUCAAGAUGGUGCUAAUGUGGACCAGUGGAGACACCUUUAAAACCGGCUACUUCCUCCUCACCCAGGCUCCGGUCCAGUUCUGGAUAUGUGGCCUUCUACAGGUCUUCGUUGACUUUGCCAUCCUGUUCCAGGUCUACUACUACAGUCUCUACCCACAGAAGCCGCUGUCCCACACCGUCUCUCACACCACCAGUGCCAAAGCCCUCUGAAAGCUUCUGCCAGCUCCCAAAGGAUCUGGCACCACCCACAAACAGCAGGGAGGAAACGCUCUUCGAGGAUCAUUGGACGUGUAUAAACACACAUGAGUACCACCCCACAGUGACAUGGUGCAGGCUGCUCACCCACUCCUCAAAGUAUGCGUAGACACACACACACACUCAUAAAUAAGGCAUGAACAUACACAGACACGUUGUGGUGUUGGAGUGUCAGCAGCCAGAGCUGGAGAACAUUUGUUACAAACCUUUUAGUUUUAUUUACGCCACUGACGUCCUCUCAAUGCAGCGGUAUGCUCGUGUCUUGGAAUGCAGACUUAUCUCCGUCAAUCAAGCUGUGCAUGUGGAGAGUAUUAUGCACAAACAUGAAGAUAUGCAGAUGUAUGCACUGGAAUCUGCGCUCAACAAAACCUGGACCAGCUUCUGUGGUCCACAUUAGCUGAUGAUUGUAGCAUGGACCCUCUGCCUUAAACACACACAUUUAAACAUAGCUUGUUGCUUCACCAGCAACACAAAUGUAAGGAUCAAUCAACAAAUAUCACAACUCCACUGAAUGUAAAAGAUGGCAUUAGUUUUUAGUUUGUUGUAUUCUCUGACACGGUGGAGAGAUGCUGGUCAGUCUACCACGUGUUGGACAGACGGCGGCGGCGAGGAAACAAGCUGGAAGACACUCGAGGCAAUCAGAGAUCACCAAACAAAGAAGAGUCCUAGAGGCUUACAGAGCAAACUCACUGAAAACAAUGGUCUUUAAAAUGAAUCAUGAUGUUCAGGCUGCAGGAGUCAUUGAACGGCCGAUGCCAACAUUUUUGUACUGAAAAUAUUUGUAAUAUUUUGUAUAUGAUUUUGAAGACUUUCAUUCCACAGGAGUCAGAGUGAUACAGCACAACACACACACACACACACACACACUGACAGAGGGGCUGAAGGAAGAGUGAAGCCAAGAUGACAUGUUUUUCAGCAAAGGUGACAUUUUUGGUUUAUUAACAGACGUACAAACAGAAUAUAAAACAGGAAGUUAUAGAAACAAGAAAAUGAUUGAGAAUGACUUGAGUAAAUCACAGAGAGAGAUGAGGUCACAGUCAGAGGAGCUCUGCACAGACUCAUCAUCACCUGCAUGUAUUGCUCCUUAGCUACAGCGCACAUUCAGGUUUAAGACACAUGGACGGUCUUAGCUCAGUUUAUUUGAUCUAGCUUGUCCAGAAGCUCCUUGAAAAUCUUUCCUCCGUGUCACAGUCCUGUUACAAGUUUUGUCCCCCCUCCGUCAGAAUGUAAUCCUUCUGAGACGACAGGCUGUCUUCAUUAACAUCUGAUUUGAUCCAUAUUGAUUUGCCAACUGUGAUAGUUCUUCAGCCGUAUUUUUCUGCCAGUGGUUUGUUUACGUUCUGUUGUUUUUCAUCUGGUGGAAGUUAGUGUCAUAAAGGGCUGUACAGGACUCAACGUGUGUUCAGUUGUAUUGAAUCAGCCUUUUCAAUAAUCAGUAACUGACUUCCUGCAUCAGCACCGGUCUUCAACAUGAUGGCUGACUGAUGUGAACUCAGUCAUCAGCUGUGGUCUCACGUUUUCAGAGAAACAUGCUGAGCUUUAAGGCUGAUUUAUACUUCUGCGUCGCCCCUACACAGCAGGGGCCAACUUCAGCGUGAGGACCACAUACUUGUGUGUCGAUGUGUCCGUGUCGCGCAGCAAUUCUCCUCUGAAACGCUUGAGGGCAUUGUGGUCUCUCUGAUAGCCGGUCGCCCCGCUACGAUCUCUGCACGUCAGCUACGUGCGUAGGCCUCUGCGUAGGUACAGGGGCUACUCGGACCUCCAGCGUAGGCUACGCCGUCGAUUUGACGCAGAAGUAUAAAUCAAGCUUUAGUCCCCUGAACACAGCACAUGAGCUUCAAUCAAAGACUGUAUUGGGGAACAUCUUCAUGCUGUGUUUGAGUUAUUGGGUCUGUUAGUUUAUAAAGGGAGGAGACCUCUAAUCUUGAUUUGGCUUUCUGUUAUGACCCUGAUGAAGCUGAGGACCUGGGAAUAAGAUAAGGGCAGCUGAACAUCUGGUGUCAGGAUGUCAUGUGACCCUUAAACAAAUCAGAAGUUAAAUCACAGAAACCUCCCACUGCUUGGCAGCUCUGAAUUUGGCUUUGGAAAUAAAGAACUGAUACAACUUUAACUCCCUCAGGCUCUAUCACUGUUAGGACCACAGCUGAGAUCAACAGGCAGCUCAACAAAGUCCAGACUCUCUCAGACAUGAUUAUGACGUGUGGUAGCAAUGGUUAGCAUUAGCAGUAGUAAUCACAGCUGAAGGUGUAACAAGAGACUUAAGUUGUAAUGAAGCUGCAUUAUUCCUUCAGAGGUCUGCUGUAUGCUUCAGUGAUACUUCUGAGCAUGCUCAGUAACAUCACAUCAUACUGACUAUGGGCACCACUUUCUGGCCAGUUCAUUAUUUAUGAUGCAGAUCCAAUAACUCUCCUGACGUCCCCCUCAUGACUCCACAUGGCGGUGUGAAGCAGCCUCGUGAACCAGUCAGGAUUUGUAUUGUUGUUGUUUUUGUAAUUUUUCUCUGUGGAGAGGGGAAAUGCCAAACCAGGAGGUGUACGGCUGUCAGCCCGUCAGUGAACUGUUUGCCGGAGCAGACCUGAUUCUGUCCUCUUCAUUUUCAAGCUCAAGAAAUGGAAACUUCAGUUUUUUUGUCCUCCGGGGACGUAGACAGAGUUGAUUUUUCUUUGCUUUUCCUUCCUGGAAAUACACAACAGCCGGAUCUGAAGGACUGACUGGCUGGUUUCUCAGCAGUAUGUGUGUUAGCAUCUGUUCCUGGUUUCUGUUCUCAUUUUUAUAAUGCCAGUUAAAGAGAGUGUUGUUGAGGUGAGGCUGGCUGUUGUAUGAGAUAUAUCAGUGUUUUGUUAUGCUCACCUGAACCAUUAUAUCCUCAAAGUUACGAUUGAGUUACUGUUCCCUCACCAGGUUUUGAUUUGACCUGUUUUACUUUGUAUUUUGUAUCAUUAUUUUUUACCAUGUCCAGGUAUUUUCCAUAGAAACUGCCAAGGUUUUCAUUUCUUCUAUAUGAAGCCCACUCCUGGCUUCAAAUGUACCAAAAACAUCAUUUCUGUAUUUUCAUUUUGCUUCUUUUUCUUUGUUUCUUUGUAUUUUUUGUUGUCGAUAAUUUGCCAACUAUCCACCUCAACAUCUCAUGCCAUCCGUCUAAACUUCAGGCUGUAUAAAUCCCAUGCAUUGUUGAGAUUAUAAUUUGGCAUCAUCUCCCAAUAAAGGACGUUAGAAAGUUG